UGUGCAUCAUUAUUUUCAGCGUCAAACCAAUCAGAGCGCAGAUUGUUUUUGCCGCACAUCAACGUUAUCUUAUCAUCGCACAUCAUCAACAUGGAGCCCUCAGGACAUCUCCAAGACCAGGAUUGAUAAGAAACCCUGCUUUGCUGGUGACCAAGGAGGUAUCUAAUCUAAUUGCAGUGAACAGAAUCCCUGAGGGGCAGGAUAUGAUCCAUCUGGCCAAGGAUGCAGAGAAAAACGCAGUAAAAAAACAGGACCCCUCCAAACUCCCAGGGCCUUCUCAGACCUCGACUCCAGUUGGGGUUGUGACCCAAUCUCAAACAUCAAUCGGUGUCCCCAAGAAGCGCAUCUACGUAGUACCCAUGCCUCGGCGGCCACCCAAAGAGCCACAAUUCCAGACUACCGCUGCAGAUGCAACCCGAACUCCAGUCGUAUCCACAAAACACAUCUUUGUUGUAACCCAACCUCUCUCCGCUGGGGACUCGACCCAAACCCAGGUACCAGGCACUAUGAAACACAUCUACGUACUAGCUCAGCCCCAGAAUUCUGAUGGGGUCAGGACCCAACCCCAAACUACAGCUGGGAAAAUAGACCCACUUAAAGUGCCAGGACAGUCCCAGAUCAAGACUCCAACUGGGGUCACAGCUCAAUCCCAGAUUAUAGCCUGUGUCAAGGCCCAAACCCAGCCUGCAGCAGGGACAACAAACCCUCCUAAUGCUCCAAGGCAGGCUAGGAAGAUGGUUCAGUUCCAGCCCCAGCCUCCGACAGCCAGGGACGCAGCCCCAACCAAGACUGAUGCCCAGACUCAGACGUCUACCGUCGUGGCAGAGGUAGUCUCUAUGCUGCAACAUGGAGAUGUGAGACCUGCACCGCAGCCAUACCUGGUCCACAAAGAAGAGGUGCUGAGGAGGAUGGAUGCACCAGAGAAGAUGUCAGUGAGGACGUUGCUGAUGUACACUGGGAAGAACCCGGCAGACCUAGACAGCAAGAACAGAUUGGUGAAAAACCUGAUUAAGGCUGGAAUCCCCCCUGUCGAGACCCCUGCCUAUAUCACCAGCGCAUUCACCAGGCUCACCGAGGGCGACAUCACAAUGCUGUGUAGUGACAUGAAGUCCCUAGCUACCAAACACCUCAACUUCCCCAACAUGGCUGAGCAGCUCAUACAAGAGAACAACCCUGUGCAGCACUGGUCCAAGAUCAUCGAUACCAAAGCCCAGCUAGAGGAGAUGAGAUGUUGUUUCAGGGACCCAGCUAACAGUCGUCUGAUGGACAAUGUGACCCACGGUAUGAGCACGGGCGUGAUGGAAGCCACCUUCGACAUCCUCUCUACCCUCAUCGACUACCAGGUGCAACUAAUCGCCUGUCUAAUAAACACCAAGCAUUCACACCAAACCCCCACUAGGACGGCCCUUCAGACUACCGUGUCCCUCGUCAACCCUCCUGUUACCACCAAUACAACGCCCCUGGGCCCAUUCUCCUCCGUACCCCCCUUGAAACGGAUCUAUGUGAUAGACCAGCCCCACUUCAACCCCAAAGGGACUCAAACCCAGCCCCUGCUGUGCUGCCAAGAGACCCAGAACGAGACCCAGAACGAGACCCAGAACGAGACCCAGACUGACACCCAGCUCCCUAAGAAACCACUGAAACAACACAAGGGUCGAGGCGUCCAGCGUGGCCCCAGGGGAUCUUACAGGAAGAGAGCAGCUUCAGGGGCUUCAGACCGUAAACAGGAACAGGAAGCAGCUCAGGGGAAGGGGAGGGGCAAGAAGAUUAAGCUAAACCCCUCCCCACAGGUUGCCUUGGAUACCGAGGAAGAGGGGAAUGCAAAGACUACCGAAAAGUAAACUCUUGGCAACGCAGAAGGAAACUCUGCAGCUGCACAUACACAAAAAACGAAUUGAAAAGGCACAAUGUGUAGCUGCAGACUCCAACAGAAAGGAAACCUCAGCAGUUGCGCCAACAGAAACAUAUCCGUGUUCCAGAAACAACUCCUGGCUCCUAAACUUGUGUAGGCCUAAAUAUGAGGGGAUUGGAUAGGUGAAAGCAAUUGGGGCCAAGUGUUGAUUUGCGAGGUGGACUGAGAACUCAGUGAUGUGAGGACAGAGAAAUGGAAGAAGGAUAUAUUUCAGGACAAGAGGCAGAACAGUUUAAGUGCCUUGGAACACAUUGACUAAAUUGUAAAUUACUGUAAAAUAUUUACAUUCACUGUUGAAAUACUUUAUAUUAAAGUUAUAAUUUUCUAAAGCAUGGUGAUUCCUUUGGGUAGAGAGAGUCUAGAUCAGGGUUCUCCAACUCUGGUGCUGAAGAGCUACUGGUCGUGCAGGCAGUGCUCUAACACACCUGAUUCAGAUAAUCAAGGUUUUGAUGAACAGACAAUUAGUAGAAUCAGGGGUGUUAGACCAGGGAUGGAGCAAAAUCCUGCACACGCAGUGGAGUUUGAGAAUCCUUUUUUAUAGAGUAGCUGAAGCUAGUGGAUCUCUCUUUCUCACUGUUUUGGUGGUUGGGUGUUUUAGUACAUUCUGGGAGAUUUUAGGGAGCGAGGAGCUCUGCUUCACACAUAGAGAUGGAUAUACUAAUUUUAGCAUGGACAUUGUCAUUGAGGCAGAACCUAUGUAUAGCCUAGUGCAUAGUUUCUACUCUGUAAAUUGAUGUGGUUUGGUAAAUGUUUUGUUUUACAUAGACAAAUGUCUUUAUACUUUUUAGCUCUUGGAUACUUUUGUUUUGUUUCCAAUUAUAAAUAAAACUUUGCUUCCA